GAACCUUUGCAACCUUCACCAACCCAUUUACCAACAACACCAACCACAAUUCUCUAUAUUUAUUUUCUCCAACUACUCACCCUUUUUGUUUCCUAUUCAUUUCAAAUACUUUUCAAUUUUUUGUGACUACUGAUCAACAAUGGCUACCAAGGUUUUCACUUUGGCUGAAGUCUCUAAGCACAACAAUUCCAAAGACUGCUGGCUUGUUAUUCGUGGCAGGGUUUAUGAUGUGACACCGUUCUUAGAGGAUCACCCUGGUGGAGAUGAAGUCCUGUUGUCUUCCACAGGGAAAGAUGCAACUGAUGAUUUCAACGACGUUGGUCAUAGCUCAAGUGCAUCAGCGAUGAUGGACGAGUAUUAUAUUGGAGAUAUCGAUGUAUCAACCAUUCCCUCUAAGGUUGACUACACUGCUCCAAAACAACCUCAAUAUAAUCAGGAUAAGACGCCGGAGUUCAUCAUCAAGAUCCUUCAGUUUCUUGUUCCCUUGUUGAUCUUGGGCGUGGCAGUUGGCAUUCGUUUCUACACCAAAUCAACAUAAUCAUAUAAACAAGCACCAUUUUGAAAUGAAUAAUAUGUUAGUGUUUGUUGACUGUUGAAAGACAAGGACUGUUUUGUUCUCAAGUGCUCCAAUGAUGAGGUUUGCUAGGAUAUGCAAUGUGAUAUUGUGCUUUGUUUGCCUUUUCCUUGUAAUUUGCUUUUAAAUCUCAUAUUGUCUUUCUCUGUCAUUCAUUUGCUACCAGAACCUGAAUAGUUUUAUGGGGUUUUAACAAUAUAAAGUUUUUGGUUGAUUCUCAUUUUCACACACAAGGUAAUGUUUGUGUUGAUAAA